GCGGGGUGGGGGGGGGAUGACCCUCCCUGCUUCCCCUUACUAAGAAUCGGAGGGCUUCUCGAUGCAACCCGAUGCAACCCAGUCUCAUGCAAAGCAGAGACCAAACUCCAUGGCUGGUUUUCCUGCAACCUCCAGAUAUGGGGGGAGGAGGGGGCUGCCGUGGCGCAGAGGAAGCAGCCUUGCAUGGGGGGCUCGGUGGGAACAGCGGCUGCACUUUCGGGUGCCCACCAAUUUGGAUGGCUUUCGAAGAGGGUUACCCGCGUUCCUGAAGAGCGAUGCCCUUGUCCAUGCCAUGCACCUGCAGGAAUCUCUGGACCAGGCUGUGAAAUGGCAUCUGAGCAACAUUCAGGACCCUCCCCCCUUCACCCUGGAGAGGGAACAGCCACCCUGAAGCCAGCUCAGGGUCCGGUGACCUUCGAGGAGGUGUCCUUGCAUUUCACUGAGGAGGAAUGGGUCCUGCUGGAUCCAGGCCAGAAAGUUCUUUAUGAGGAGGUCAUGGUGGAGGUUCAUGAGAUGGUAACCUUUCUGGGAGAUGCCUGGGGGAUCACAGCCGAGGGGGACCCAUCAGAUGUGUCACCGGGAAAAGCUGAGGAGCAGGAGAAGGAAUGGAAAUUGGGGAGACAAGAUGGAGCAAAGAGACAAAAGGGGAGACAAACGCAGAAACAAGGGGAUAAAUCCAAAGCUUCUCAGGGUGGUGAAUUUAAAAAUCAAUGGCUUAGUCAGCAUCACCACCUUACUUUGCAUGAAAGAACUCCUACAGGAGACAAACCUUAUCAAUGUUUGGAGUGUGGAAAAAGCUUUAGUCGUCGUGACCACCUUACUUUGCAUGAAAGAACUCAUACAGGCGACAAACCUUAUAAAUGCUUAGAGUGUGGAAAGAGUUUCAGUCAGAGUAGCAAUCUUACUAAACAUCAAAGAACUCAUACAGGGGAUAAACCUCAUGAAUGCUUCAAAUGUGGAAAGAGCUUCAGUCAACAUGGCCACCUGACUUCUCAUCAAAGAACUCACACAGGCGACAAACCUCAUGAAUGCUUGGAGUGUGGAAAGAGGUUCAGUCAGCAUGGCCACCUUACUUCACAUCAAAGAACUCACACGGGGGACAAACCUCAUGAAUGCUUGGAGUGUGGAAAGAGAUUCAGUCAGAGUAGCAACCUUACUUCGCAUCAAAGAACUCAUACACGAGACAAACCUUAUAAAUGUUUGGAGUGUGGAAAGAGCUUCAGUGACAGUAGCACCCUUACUAGACAUCAAAGAACUCAUACAGGGGACAAGCCUUAUAAAUGUUUGGAGUGUGGAAAGAGCUUCAGUGAGAGAGGCACCCUUACAAAACAUCAAAGAACUCAUACAGGGGACAAACCUUAUAAAUGCUUGGAAUGUGGGAAGUGUUUCAGUGGGAGCAGUACCCUUACUAGACAUCAAAGAACGCAUGCCGGGUACAUGCGUUAUACAUGUUUAAAGUGUGGAAAGAGCUUCAGUGAGAGUAGCACCCUUACUAGACAUCAAAGAAUUCACACAGGGGACAAACCUUAUAAAUGCUUGGAGUGUGGAAAGAACUUCAGUCGGCUUUGCCAUGUUACUAGACAUAAAAGAACUCAUUCAUUAGACAAACCUUUUAAAAGCUUGAAGUGUGGGAAGAGCGUUAAGCGCAGUUCCAGUCUUUCUGUGCAUCAAAGGACACAUAUAGGAGAAAAUUUCCUUCGCAAAGAAGUUUAUCCGUACAAGUCAACAGAAAAAGGCCCUGCACACAGAAAUCUAACAGGCUGUGAAAUGGCAUUAGAGCGACUCUCAGGAUCCUCCCGCUUUUACACCGGAGAAGAUGUAGCCCCCAUGCAGCCAGCACAGGGUCCGGUGACCUUCGAGGAGGUGGCCAUAUAUUUCACCGGGGAGGAAUUGGUCCUGCUGGAUCCAGGCCAGAGAGCUCUUUACAAGGAGGUCAUGGUGGAGAUUCAUGAGAUGGUAACUUCUCUAGGAGCUGUCUGGGAGAUCAUAGCUGGGGAGGAAUCAUCAGAAGUGUCACCAGAAAGAGCUGAGGAGCAGAAGGAGGAACAGAAAUUGUGGAGGCAAGAUGGAACAAAGAGACAAGAGGGGAGACAAACGCAGAAACAAGGCGAUGCAUCCAGAGCUUCUCAGGGUGGUGAAUAUAAAAUUCAAUGGGAAACUAAUCACCUAAAGGAAACAAGUAUGUCUCCUGAGUACAGUAAAAUCUUCAGUUGCCAAAAAGCUCUAAAUACACAUCAGGGAAGGCAUACAAUUGAGAAACCAUACAAAUGCUUGGAAUGUGGAAAGAGCUUCAGUUGCCGUGACUCCCUUACUUCACAUCAAAUAACUCAUACCCUGGGCAAACAUACAUGCUUUGAGUGUGGAAAGAGCUUCAGUAAGCAUUUCUACCUUACAAGACAUAAAAGAAUUCAUACAGGGGAGAAACCUUAUAAAUGCUUUGAGUGUGGAAAGAGCUUCAGUCAGCAUGCCAACCUUGCUUCACAUCAAAAAAGUCAUAUAGAGGGCAAAUCGUAUAAAUCCUUGGAGUAUGGAAACAGCUUCAGUCAGAGUAGCAACCUUCUGUUGCAUCAAAGAACUCAUGCAGGAGACAAGCCUUAUAAAUGCUUGGCAUGUGGAAAGAGCUUCAGUCACAGUAGCUCCCUUAGAUUGCAUCAAAGAACUCACACAGGGGACAAACCUUACAAAUGCUUGGAGUGUGGAAAGAGCUUCAGUCGGCAUGACUACCUAACUCUGCAUCAAAGGACACAUACAGGGGACAAACCAUAUAAAUGCUUGGAGUGUGGAAAGAGCUUCAGUCAGAGUAGCAGCCUGACUUUGCAUCAAAGAUCUCAUACAGGGGACAAACCUUAUAAAUGCUUGGAGUGUGGAAAGAGCUUUAGUGACAGUCGCAACCUUCGUACACAUGAAAGAACUCAUACAGGGGACAAACCUUAUAAAUGCUUGGAGUGUGGAAAGAGCUUCAGUCGGCAUGACUACCUUACUUUGCAUCAAAGAACUCAUACAGGGGACAAACCAUAUAAAUGCUUGGAGUGUGGAAAGAGCUUCAGUCGGAGUAGGUCUCUUACUUCGCAUCAAAGAACUCAUACAGGGGACAGACCUUAUAAAUGCUUGGAGUGUGGAAAGAGCUUUAGUGACAGUCGCAACCUUCGUACACAUGAAAGAACUCAUACAGGAGACAAACCUUAUAAAUGCUUGGAGUGUGGAAAGAGCUUCAGUCAGAGUAGCAGCCUGACUUUGCAUCAAAGAUCUCAUACAGGGGACAAACCUUAUAAAUGCUUGGAGUGUGGAAAGAGCUUCAGUGUGAGUUGCAUCCUUACUAAACAUCAAAGAACUCAUACAGGGGACAAACCAUAUAAAUGCUUGGAGUGUGGAAAGAGCUUCAGUCAGAGUCGGUCUCUUACUUCGCAUCAAAGAACUCACACAGGGGACAAACCUUAUAAAUGCUUGGAGUGUGGAAAGAGCUUUAGUGACAGUCGCAACCUUCGUACACAUGAAAGAACUCAUACAGGAGACAAACCUUAUAAAUGCUUGGAGUGUGGAAAGAGCUUUAGUGACAGUCGCAACCUUCAUACACAUGAAAGAACUCAUACAGGGGACAAACCUUAUAAAUGCUUGGAGUGUGGAAAGAGCUUCAGUGUGAGUUGCACCCUUACAAAACAUCAAAGAACUCAUACAGGGGACAAACCUUAUAAAUGCUUGGAGUGUAGAAAGAGCUUCAGUCGGCAUGACUACCUUACUUUGCAUCAAAGAACUCAUACAGGGGACAAACCAUAUAAAUGCUUGGAGUGUGGAAAGAGCUUCAGUCAGAGUAGGUCUCUUACUUCGCAUCAAAGAACUCAUACAGGGGACAAACCUUAUAAAUGCUUGGAGUGUGGAAAGAGCUUUAGUGACAGUCGCAACCUUCGUACACAUGAAAGAACUCAUACAGGGGACAAACCUUAUAAAUGCUUGGAGUGUGGAAAGAGCUUUAGUGACAGUCGCAACCUUUGUACACAUGAAAGAACUCAUACAGGGGACAAACCUUAUAAAUGCUUGGAGUGUGGAAAGAGCUUCAGUCGGCAUGACUACCUUACUUUGCAUCAAAGAACUCAUACAGGGGACAAACCAUAUAAAUGCUUGGAGUGUGGAAAGAGCUUCAGUCAGAGUAGGUCUCUUACUUCGCAUCAAAGAACUCAUACAGGGGACAAACCUUAUAAAUGCUUGGAGUGUGGAAAGAGCUUUAGUGACAGUCGCAACCUUCGUAUACAUGAAAGAACUCAUACAGGGGACAAACCUUAUAAAUGCUUGGAGUGUGGAAAGAGCUUUAGUGACAGUCGCAACCUUCGUACACAUGAAAGAACUCAUACAGGGGACAAACCUUAUAAAUGCUUGGAGUGUGGAAAGAGCUUUAGUGACAGUCGCAACCUUCGUACACAUGAAAGAACUCAUACAGGGGACAAACCUUAUAAAUGCUUGGAGUGUGGAAAGAGCUUCAGUGUGAGUUGCACCCUUACUAAACAUCAAAGAACUCAUACAGGGGACAAACCUUAUAAAUGCUUGGAAUGUGGAAAGAACUUCAGUCGGCAUGAGUACCUUACUUUGCAUCAAAGAACUCAUACAGGGGACCGACCUUAUAAAUGCUUGGAGUGUGGAAAGAGCUUUAAGCACAGUUCCAGUCUAUCUGUGCAUCAAAGGAUGCAUAGAGCGGAGAAGCCUUAGAAAUGUCUAAAAUGUGGAAAGAACUGCAUUCACAAUACAACUCUUACUUGGCAUCACAGAACUCCUAUCGGAGACAAGACAUUUAUGUUUACAGUUUAAAUAGCUUGUGUUGGAGUAGUUCUGUUACUUUACAUCAAACAAUUCACAGGAGGAAACAGCUUUAUUCAGCUUGCCAUUCUUCAUUUACAUUAAAGGAGUAAGCAUAAAAUGCUGAGAUGGUGGAAAGAAAGACCUUCUGUCGUAGACACUACUUUAGAUACCCAUCAAAACCUCAGUAUGGGAGAGGUAUAAUAGUUACAUUCAAACUUGUGGGAAACGUUUGCCAUUCACUUCUCUGUACACCUCUGCUACAUAAUAGGUGCAUGUAGCACAUACCAGUGGAAGGAAUUGUUAGAAAUGUUAGAACUGUUAGGAAACCUUCAGUGAAGAUUGUUACUGAGCUCAGUUUUGGGGGCAAACCUGUGAGCAUGGUGAAGGUGAAGUGGAGUGAAGAAAUGUUUUUUCUUUCUGGAAUGCGAGAAGCAGAAAUGCUGAGAAAGCAUUAGCCAAAAGAAUUGUGAAGAUGGAAGAUUUGUUACUCCAUUCACUUAACAGUGCUGAGUAACUUUUGUGAGUCUCCUUGUAGCCUGAUAUGGCUUAGGAUCAUAUCAUCCCCUAAACGGAUGGAAAACUGUUUCUGCAGGUGUUUGUCCAUGGCCUGUCAUUUACCAAUUCAGAACUGGAUCUUCAAUAAGAAAAACAGGCGUGAGAAAAGGCGAAAUUGGAAUGCAGAAAAGUUGGGGUUUCUGUUGGGGGGGGAAAGCUACACUGAGUGCAAGAACACUACAUUUAUUUAUAGCAUUUGUACCCUGCUGUUCAGCCAAAAAUGCUCCCAGAGAAGUUUACGUACAAUCAAUUAAAGUUAGACAGUCCCUGUCCGCAGGAUUGCAUUCUAAAAAAAAAAAAUGACACAUAAAGAAAAAUGGACAGGGAAGGAAGAGGGAAAAAGCAAACUCAGGCACCAAUUCUUAAAUAGUACGUCUUGUGAUGUUCUCUACUUUCACACAAAAAAGUUCUUACUACUCUUUUCCUUAAUUACAACAACAACAAAUUUUAUUUGCGGUCAUAGACCCGACAGAGCAGCAGCAGACAUAAAACAGGUAAAACAUACAAUAAGUAAAACAAUAGUUAAAACCUUAAAAGUCUAAAAGACCGGGAUAUGGUGCAGUAGAGGAGGAGGAGUUUGAGCACCUAAUCUGGACAAAGUUAAGGAACUUGGCAACAGAUUCGGUCAUGAACUUAUCAGAAUCAGACAGCAGCAAUUGCACAUACCAGUCCAAAGACCUGCUGGGGAAACGAUUAAUUAUAGGAUAAAUUAAUCUAUCACGUUCAGAACAAUAGAAUUUACAAACAAAAAAUACAUGGGCCAAAGAUUCAACUUCAUUAAGGGGGCAUGGGCAUAGACGAUUUGCUAAGGGGAUUCCUUGAAAACGGCCCUCUAAAAUUUUUGGCGGAAAACAGUUAAAUCUUGCUCUAGUGAAUAGUAAAUGGAAUUUCGGAGUUGUCAGAUUUGUCAGGUAAGCCGCAUGAGCAGGAAAUGAAAAUUUCAAACUAAGGGACAAAGGAGAGCAAGCAGAGUUUGCUUUGGAGUUGGAGUAUUGUAGAUCCAUGUCUUUAAUGCAUUGCUCAAUAGUCAGUUUAGCUGAUCCAGUCCCAAAGAGGCCAGGAGAUCUAGAGAGAGGCCAAUGAGUUUUAAUUUUUCCUGGAAAGUCUUGGAUCAAGAACUCGUAAACGAGUCUUUCCAGAUUAAAUGCAAAUAUCCCAUAGAUGGGUCGGCAAAGGCCACUUUAAUCCAAAACCUAAAGGCCAAUAGCCAGGCCGUGCAUUCAAUAGAAGGAAGGCCUGCCUCCAGACGAAGGCCAGUGGCUGAGGCACAUCUGGGCAUACCAAAAAUAGUUCUUAAAAAGCAGGAUAAAACCGAUUCGACCUUGGCGUUAAAACCUGUAACCCAAAUUGGAGCACCAUAGCGAAGUUGGGUGAGAAUCUUGGCCUGAAAAACCUGGAUUGCCGGAGGGAUAAGCCGCCCUCCCUUUGUAAAGAAAAAGCGUAGUAUGGCCUUAGAAGUGUUUAACGCAGAUAAUACUGCAGAGCGGAUAUGGGCAGACCAAGAGAGAGAUGAAUGAAAUAAUACCCCCAAAUAUUUGAAUUGUCUAACUUGCUCUAAGGGGUGGCCCAUAACCCUCCAAGGAUGAAUUGACGUGCGUCGGGAAAAAACCAUUAUCUUAGAUUUAGUAAAAUUGAUAGUCAAAAGAUUUUCCUUGCAAUAGAUCAUAAAUACGCAUAUGAGGCGUCUCAGGCCUAUGUUGGAUACGGACAUUAAGACAGCAUCAUCGGCGUAUAAGAGGAGGGGGCAUGUAGUGCCGGCUAACUUAGGGGAAUGGAGAUUUUUUGACUUACAACAUUCACUUAAAUCAUUUAAAAAUAGAUUAAAUAGAGUCGGAGCUAAAAUACAUCCUUGUCGGACCCCGCUAAAAGCCGGAAUAGGUUUUGUCAGGGUACCAUCGGGGCCACAUCGGACCCUAAGCAGUGUGGUUUGAUAUAAACGGGUAAUGAGGAAAAGCAGCCGUUUAUCAAUUGAUGUUUGAUAUAGCUUGGACCAGAGUUUACUGCGUGAGACUGAGUCAAAAGCGCCUUAAGAUCUAUGAAAGCAGCCGAUAAGCCGUUGCCAUGGGGGCCAGAAUAUUUCUCGGCCAGGUGAUGUAGUAUAAGGCAGUGAUGAAU